GGCGAGAGAGCCGCCUGUCUCCACUCCGUCGCUGUAGUAACGGAGACAACGAGCAGCAGGUCACCUCAACACUGCAGCCCGACGGAUAAUAACAACAAAACCAACCAACAAACGGCCGGAGUACACGUCGCUUCCUCCGUGUAACACUGCUUUGAUAGAUAUUUGUGAGAACUUUACGUUGUUGGUACUAAAACCGCGAGCGGGAUAGCAUGGACUCAUCGGGACGCUGAGCAGGAGCACAAAAAAUAACUUUUUGUUUCCUUUUUUUUUUUUUUUUUCUUCUUCGUUGUGGAAAUAGCUUUUCGUUUUGACACACGUGCGCAACGGUAGACCGAGUGGCCCACAAGCCGUUUUAAGUUCUGGUGUCCUUGUAGUGUGGAGCUGUAGACGGUGAGGCGGACACCAGAGAAGCGGCGGCUCGGCAGCCACCUGACCUCCUGGAAAAUAAGACCGCAGCUAAUGACACGCAGGCUGGGAUCCUGACGUGGCUCAUUACUAAGCUCUCUGACGGAGCGGGACAAGUUCUCCGCGAGGCUGUUGCAUGUCCAGUCUCGACGCACUAUUUCAGAAGUGAAGUUUGCAGAAUCCAAUUACUGAUAGCCCAUCUGAAUUAUGCUAAGUGCUAAUUAAUUUGUGGCAACUGUAAAACUGAAUUAGUUGGACUUAAUCGUCCGUUGAAGUUUCCCCCUUUCAUUGUCCUAUCCAGCAAAUUGCGAGUAAUAAGCGGAUCAUUUGACAGAGCCAGACAGCAUGGAUAUAACCGGAGUGCACUUCCAUCAGCGGUCGUGAUGCCAAGCGCCGGUCUAAUCCCGCGCCGCCAGCCUGUAAUGCCUGCACUCUAACCCGCACCAGUGUGGCGCCGUGUUCCGGUCACACCGCCAGGAUGAGCAGCACCGACCUGGAGCGCAUGUCGCUCAGCUCCUCGGCCAACUCGGUGGCUUCCAGCGCACGGACGUUGUCGGCCAACGUGAGGAAGCUGCACAACGCGCUCAACCUCCUGCUCAACGACUUUGAGAGGGAGCAGUUCAUCCACUGCCUCAACGUUUACCACUCUAAACGCAACGUGUACGACCUGGUUCAGACCCUUAACGUCAUCCUCAACGCGCCCAGCAAGCGGCAACUUCUGCCCAUGCUGCGGUUAGUCAUCCCCCGUUCUGACCAACUUCUCUUCGAGCAGUACACCUCGGAGGGCCUCUACUUAAAAUCGGAUUCAGUUGCAAGCAAUGGCAACGCCGAACCCCCGCCGGGCGACUUCCCAAGCGCCAGCCCUACUCCCCCGGGGCGUUUCUCGCCAAACAACCCGCCCGAUUUCCAGGUGGCGUUGCGUGGCUCGCCGGACAGCUUCAGCACCAGCAGCGAGGGGACAGCUCCGCUGGUGCCGCUGCUCGGGAGGAACUUUGUCCACGAGCCGCCGGGCGAGAUACGGCAGGUUACCAUGAAGCGACACAAGAGCAACGAGGGUCUGGGCUUCAGCAUCCGCGGCGGCUCGGAGCACGGGGUCGGCAUCUACGUGUCCCUGGUGGAGCCGGGGAGCCUGGCGGAGAAACAGGGUCUCCGAAUCGGUGACCAGAUCAUGAAAGUCAACGACAAAGUCUUCGACAAAGUCACUCAUGCUGAAGCGGUGAAGGUGCUGAAGGGCAGUAAAAAGCUUUGCCUCUCUGUGCGUUCAGUCGGACGGAUUCCCGGCGGCUACGUCACCAACCAUGUUUACACCUGGGUUGAUCCUCAGGGUCGGAGUGUGUCCCCCCCUCCUGACCUGACUGAGCACCGGAGCGCCACCCUGAGGAGAACAGACAGCCAGCGACGCAGCAACAUGCAGCUACUGCAGGAGGGAGACGAGAAGAAGGUCAAUUUGGUUCUGGAUGACGGCCGGUCUCUGGGUCUGAUGAUCCGGGGGGGAGCAGAAUAUGCUCUGGGUAUUUACAUCACCGGGGUGGACCAGGGCUCAGCAGCAGAAUGUGGAGGACUCAAGUCGCUUCCUGGUCCACCCUUACCGCCGUGCUCAGUCCCCCCCGCCAUGCCUCUGUGUUCCCUCCCCUCCCCGCAGGUCGGCGACCAGAUCUUGGAGGUGAACGGCCGCAGCUUUCUGAGCAUCCCGCACGACGAAGCCGUCAGGGUCCUGAAGUCGUCACGCCACCUGAUGAUGACGGUGAAAGACGUGGGCCGCCUGCCGCACGCCAGGACAGUGGUGGGGGAGACCAAGUGGAUCGCCAGCUCGCAGAUCGGAGAGAGCUCCGCCAACAGCAGCAUGGCAGGCUUCCCGGUGGAAAAAGGAGCCUCGGCAGCAGGAAAGCCUGGGUUUUAUAAAGGCGUGGCGGGGUCACAGGUGACCCUGUCCAGCCUGGUGAACCAGUCGCGGGCCAUGCUGGAGGAGCAGGCGCGCCACUUGCUGACGGAGGCCGAGCGGCAGACCAUGGGCUACUACGUGGAGGAGUACCGGGACGGACACAUCGGUGUGGAGCAGCUCGUGGUGGCACUGUUCGAGCUGCUCAACACGCACGCAAAGUUCUCUCUGCUGUCAGAGGUGCGAGGUCUGGUGACCCCACAGGACCUGGAGCACUUUGACGGGCUGGUGCUGAGACGGGAAAUUCAGGCUCUAAAAGCGCGACAGGGGACAGCUGGAGCCACGGCGCUCCAACCAGACUCCCUGUCCAUGGUGUCGUACCCAGACACCCUGACCUCGUCUUCAGCCAGCUUCAUGACCAACACCACCCUCAGCUCUGCACGGAACGACAGCGUGGUGGAGAGUAAUCAGGAUCCUCCUCCAGAGAGUCUAAACACGCUGCUGACCGACAUCUCUCUGGACGAUGUACAGUCCACCACAGCUGAAUCUCCCCCCUCCUUCAAGCCUCCACCCCCACCGGGGGUGCACAGGCGCCCAACUAGACGAGAUCAGCUCAACAAAUGCCCCUCGUCCGAAUCCUCCCACUCAGGCUUGUACUUCACAGCCCCGGCCUCUCACAACCACAGCAAAGAGCCAGGACACGUCCCCGCCUCGCCCUCACUACACCACAAACGAGAACGUCCCAGGGAACCGUCUCGGGACUACGCGGCCGUCAGAAAGAGAGAUCCCUCGGUACCUUCUAAGAACGAACAAAUAACAGCUGCUCACUUGUCCAUGGUCACACAGCACACCAUCGGCCCUUUCCCCAGGGUCCAGUCCCCCAGCAGAGGCACCAAACCUGCUGCCCCGUCCCCUUCACCUCCACCUCCACCUCCACUCCCUGCUCCUAAUCCGCCCCCUUCUCUUCCUCUUAAACUGGUGUCUAUGUCCAAAGCCUCGCCCUCCUCUCCUGGCUCUAAACAGCGGUUUGUUACGGUGGAGGUUCACAGGCCCAACGCAGAGCCCGACUUCAACGAGGUGCGCCCGCUGCCCCAAGCUCGAGGUGGCGCUCUGUCUCAACUGUCAGACAGCGGCCAGACCCUCAGUGAGGACAGCGGGGUGGACAUAGCUGAGUCAGGACACAUCAGCAAAGACAGAAGCCCACAUUCCUCACGCACACGCCACCCCCGAGAUACUCAGGGGGGCGGGGGGGACAGCCCCUCCAAACCGCCGGGGCUGUUGGAGCCCACCUCUACACUAGUGAGGGUUGCAAAGAGUGCCAGCACUCUGGGUAUUGCCAUUGAAGGUGGAGCCAACACUCGGCAGCCGCUGCCACGAAUUGUCACAAUACAGAGGGGGGGUUCAGCUCAUAACUGUGGCCAGCUGAAGGUGGGACAGGUGAUCCUGGAGGUAAACGGGGUUUCCAUGAGGGGCCGCGAGCACAGGGACGCCGCACGCCUCAUUGCUGAGGCCUUCAAGACCAAAGAGAGGGACCACGUGGACUUCCUGGUCACCGAUUUCAAUGUGGCUCUAUAGCUGAGUGGAGUGAGGACAGGGACGAGGGCAGCAACAAGAGAAGCAGAGUUCGAGGACGACAUGAGAAGAGGACAUUCAAGCGUCUAUUAUUUCAAAUGGCACAACUCUUUUGGAUGGACUUAAUUGAACCACCAACUGAUUUCUGAGCCCUUCUAAAAAAAACCACCCUUGAGUCUGGAUACAUGAAACUCAAAUUGACUUCUUCAAGGUAUUACUUCCGCCAUUGGACUUUGUUCAGGAUCCUCCUCAACGUGUUACCUUCCCACUGUGAGACAUUAUGCACUAAAAUGGAAUAGUAGUGAAACGUAUACCUUUCCUUUGUUCUCUCCGUGUUAAAACUUGUGGAUUUGAAACCAUUUGAAAUCCCGCUGGAACUUCUCGUAGCCCUCCCAUGUCUCAUGGUCAGUCGAUUUUCAUUUUGUUUUCGCUUUUCACCUGAGAGACAACUGCACAUCUAAGCCUGAUCCGUGCUCGACUUUACAAGCUUGGAUUUGUAAAUGUAAAAAUGAACAAAUGUAGAUACAGAUGCAUAUAUACUGUACACAUAAAGAUACUCCUGUAUGAAUAAUGAAAACCCGUAACCUCUGUUGCAUCAUGUAGAUAUAGUCAUAUAUUUCAAAGUAGAUGAUGACGAUAAUUCAGGCUGUCCUAGUGUAAGGGAUUCAACACAUUUUACUGCUAUUUUAAUGCUACCAGCCUGUCUGCGUUGAGCUAUCCCAUUUCACAAAAAGUAAUUGGAUAAAAUCAUCUCAGGCUAACAAAAUGACACUUUACCUGCUCAUAUUUGUUUGAUCAAAAGACGCGUGUAUAACAGAAAUCUUCAUUUGGGCACCUUUCCACUUCUCCGUGUGUAUCUGUAUUGGUUGAGACUAUGUCCACACUUAACCAGCUUCUUUUAAAUGAUGUGAACAAUUGUCCACAAUAUGAACAAUAAGAAGUGGCUAAAUCACUGCUUCUUUUUUCAGUCAGUAAACAACACAUUUCUGACAACAUCUGCGCUGUAGCCAAGUUUCCUAGUACACACUAAAACACGAGAUGAUCAGAUUCAUUCACUCGACAAAGAUUUCAUGUGUCGAAAACACUGGAUCAAAGAUGCGUUUUGUUGUUGUUGUGUUUUUGUCCAGUUUAGUGUGGAGGUACUCUCAGAGGGGAUCAAAUCCCUCAGCUUUUCCCUCAGAACACUCAGCUUUUCUCCUGCUACUCUUAAUAACAAUUGAUGAUUUAUAUUUUGUAAUUUCAGAGUUUUAAUUAUUUCCACCCUAGGGGGUUGGGGGGAGGCUUGACGGAGCCAUGCUCAGUGCAGCACUUAAGCCCAAGAGGGGAGUAAUGAGACAUUUAGAGGACUACACUGCCAAAGAUUUGAGACACAUGUUCACACGUGGAACCCCGUGCACGCACGCACGCACACAUUUUAUCCACUUAUAGAAAAGCAAUUAGGAGAUAAGCAAUCAGGUGAAGUGAGAGAUGGAGCGAGAGAGGAAGAGAGAGAGAACGAGAGAGUGACAAAAGUAACAAAUGAGACGUAAUUGCUGUUGGGAUGAUUUGCUUCCUCUCAGGAAGAGUGCAAGCGUGGAAAGGAUGUACAGCAAACAUCUUCCACGUGUCACUCCAGAGACUCCUAUUAGGCUGCAGGUAGAAAUAUGAAGUAAUUGGAAUAAUUAAUCCUGUGUUCUGUUCUUGGAUGUGUGUUGUGUGUCUCUCUGAAGUUAAUGGAUGAAAAGAGAGAAAAAGAGAUGCUCAAAACAAGGAGAUGGCAAAUAAAGACAAAUGUCAAUGUCAUUAAGCUGCUGUAUGAGACAAACACUCACACACACACACACACACACACACUCACACACACACACACACACACACGCUAUUAAACACUCCCGAAUCAUUCUGGUGACAACUAAGAGAGAGAACAAUUCAUUCAUGCUUUCUUUAUACAUAUACCAUAUAUCUUCAAAAUGUCAUCCUUUAUUGAAUA